AUGUGUAAUGCACAAGAAUAUUAUUUUGCAAAAUCACAGAAAGGCGAAAAUUAUCGUCUACACGUUGCAAAAUCUAAACAUUUAGUUGGGUUGAGCACAACUCGUGGCAUUAGAGAGACCAAUGAGGAUCGUUGUCAAGUUAUGGUAUUAGAAUUAAAUGAAGAUAAAUUAAAACAAUUUGCUGAAAAUAUAGUUCAAGAUAAAGUUGAAUCUGAUAUAGAUAUAAUAAAUGCUGUACCUGUCUCAAGAAUUGAAGUGGAAGAAGAAAGUAAAGAAGGGCAGUUUUGUUAUUUUGCUAUCUUUGACGGUCUGAUUAGUCAUGGAGGUCCUGAAUGUGCAGAUUUUCUGACAACAAAUCUUCACAACCGAAUUGAAGAAGUUGCAGCUAAAGAUGCAGAUGAUGUAGUGGUUCAAUGGCUUUGA